GUAGCGCCAAAGAACGCGCAGCCGUUUGGUCUAGUUGCACCGCGAAUUCCGUGCUUCUUGCUUCGUGGUGAGUUCUCUCCACUGGUAAUUAAAAAGAGGCAAAAAAAACUAUCGCGUUUCGCGCGGGUUCUCGGACGCGAGAUAAAAGUGAGGAAAAAAAGAGGCCGGACAAAAAAGUUGAGUAUUUUUCGAAGCAUGUUCGAAAAACACUCGUCAUGUUAACGAGCAUGGAUCCGAGCGUUUUUUCUCGGUAAAGACGGAAGUAUCCGUGGUGACCCCCCCGGAGAGGGGUAUCCGAGUGUAACGACGAAAGAGAGGGUCCUAGAGUGAUUUAGUAGUGAGAACGACCAAGUCGAAGUCGUAUUCGUUAAACCCUGCAGUGUGUAGCGGCGGACAGAAAGGAAGAGGGGAAGAGAUCCAGAAAGAGAGAGAGAGAGAGAGAGAUUGAGACUCGCAAAGACUGCGUGCAGUUGUGCGGCUCGUGUCGUUUCUCUCUCGCCGCCUCGCUCUAAAUGAAAAUGGCGGUCCCUCGAGCGCGUACAGAGCGACACUGCCACUGACGAUGCUCGAUGUUUUAACGGACACGUGAACGGUAGAUAUUAAUUUGAAAAAAAAAAAUAAUAAGCUUAAUCAGUCAAUCGAUCCAAAGAAGUUCUCAGCAAAGUUACGGAAAGAAGCAAACAAACUUUUUUGAUCCCGAUGUGGAUACGCGUGAAUAAAAGUGUGAUUACGAAAACUCGUAGUGGGUGAAACAAAACACUGGGCUUUUUGCCCGAUCGCGAGUAACAAAUACGCCGAUACGAGAAGAAGAAGAAGAAGAAGAAGGAGAAGAGGAAGAAGGCGGCGAAGGAGAAGAGGAAGAAGUGGAGAAGAAAAUAAAAAGGCGAUAUUCAGGAUAGUGAGCCGAGAGUGUUUUGCGGAUGGGGGGCGGUGGGGUAUGGGGGGAGGGGGAGCGCGGGUAUAUUAGUUAGUGAGGCGACGAGGUAUCAAACGUGUGAUACUCGAAUGUGGCCCAACAAACACGAUGGAGUGACACCCGUGAAGUGUUGACUCUUUCAUGAGGAGAGAGCGCGCGCGAGAGAGAGAGAAAGAGAGCGAAGAAAAAACCGAGCAAGACCGAGUUACUAUAUAGAAGUAAAAUUUGUGCCGCGUGUUGUUUGCGAGCGUGAGAGAAUCAAAAAACGUAAAGAGCCAGAAAGUAACCGAGGGAAAAGAGAGAAAAAGAAAAUAUCGAGAGAGAAGUGGCCCAAGUGUCGUCGGGCGAUUACUCGCGGCGGGUUUUACUCGCGCGUACAAAAAGUAGAGAGAAAAAGUGGGAGGAGGGGAAGGAGUAGGAGGAGGCCUCCAUGCCGAUGCCGGCGGAAUACCACGAGAGCCACGGGAACCACGAGAGCGCAAAUUUCGGGCUCGCGGCCCCAUCACAGGACGCCAACAACAUGACCGCCAACAUGUAUCGGGUGGGAGAUUACGUGUACUUUGAGACGUCGUCCACAUCUCCUUAUCAAAUACGAAGGAUAGAAGAGUUGAACAAGACUGCAAGCGGAAAUGUGGAAGCAAAAGUGAUGUGUUUCUUCAGGCGGAGGGAUUUGCCAUCGACCUUGAUAAUGCUUGCGGACAAGCAUCAGUUGGCAAGCGUGGAGCAGCAGAGGUCAGAUUCCCCUGCGAGCACGCAGAGUCAGAAACUCGAGACACCAGACUCGACUAAGGAAAUGACUAGUAAAGAUGGGAUUGGGCCCAAAGUGAUGAGCAAAGGGGGAGGUAAAGGUGGCUGGCUGAAAGCCCCACUGUCUGAGGCCCACGAGCCCCACGGGAUCGACGAGGGUAUCGUCGGUGGUGGAGGCACCGCUGAAUUAAGUACGAAACAACGUCACCAAAUGAAGCACCGAGAACUGUUCCUGUCACGACAAAUCGAGACCAUGCCCGCGACUCACAUCAGGGGAAAAUGUUGCGUCACCCUACUCAACGAAACCGAGUCCUUGCUGAGUUAUCUUAACAAGGAAGACUCGUUUUUCUAUUGUUUGGUCUUCGAUCCAACACAGCGCACGUUACUAGCCGACAAAGGUGAAAUAAGGGUGGGAAGUAGAUAUCAAGCCGACGGUAUUUCCCCGGUGCCACUAACACCAGCCGAAAGAGAAGUGGAUCCACGAAGGCUGCAGGACCUCGAAACAUUAGUGUGGACACCGCGACAUUCGUUGACAGAUCGUCAGAUAGAUCAAUUUUUGGUCGUUAGUCGUUCAGUCGGCACAUUCGCGCGUGCCCUUGAUUGCUCUUCAUCCGUAAAACAACCCUCGCUUCAUAUGUCUGCGGCUGCGGCUUCCCGCGAUAUUACCCUAUUUCACGCUAUGGAUACAUUGCAUCGGCACAACUACGACGUUGCGAAAGCCAUGUCGUCGCUGGUGCCGAGCUCUGGUCCCGUGCUCUGUCGAGACGAGAUGGAAGAAUGGAGCGCGUCCGAGGCGAAUCUUUUCGAAGAAGCUCUUGACAAAUACGGCAAAGACUUUUCGGACAUUCGAGCCGACUUUUUACCAUGGAAAACGUUGAAAAACGUGAUCGAGUACUACUACAUGUGGAAAACGACGGACCGUUAUGUUCAGCAAAAGAGAGUAAAGGCAGUUGAAGCGGAGAGUAAACUCAAACAGGUAUACAUACCGAAUUAUAACAAAGCGCCGGGAUCGGGAAACGCGCCAACGUCGGCGACCAUUUUACCACUCGGUAACAGCAAUAAUAGCAGUAACGGAAAAGCGAUCAGCGUCCUGAACGGAAGUAGCAAUGGCAAUAUAACGAGCGACUGCAGCGGUAUGCUGAUGGUUGGAUUAGGCGGCAAACCGUGCGAGAGUUGCCAGAGCUCACAAAGCCCCCAAUGGUACGCUUGGGGACCUACGCAUAUGCAGUGCCGUUUGUGCCAACCAUGCUGGAUGUACUGGAAGAAGUACGGAGGGCUCAAGCAGAUACCAUCGCGCAUAGAUGACACCGAUCUGGAACGAAAGAGGAGCGGUGUUGGUUCGGACGAGGAGAGCAAAGGAAUAAGCGGAGCUCAUAGGCCACAUCGCUGCAGCAUACCAGCAUGCGGCAAAGAAUUUAAGCUCAAAGCUCAUCUGAGUCGUCACUACGCGAGUGCCCAUGGUUAUGAUUUACGUGGAGGUGGUCCAUGCGCUGGCGGUGGUGGAUCGCCGCGUCCUGUAAUGAAAACACGCUCGGCAUUUUAUUUACGAACUUCAGCAUUGGCCCGUGCAGCGCGCAGGCUUUGCGCCGCUCAAUUACGCACUCGUCACGCAGCGCGUGCUCCCCAUCAACCCGUAAACGCAGCACCGUUACGACACUUGUGCGCAUCACCUCAACUCACCUCCAAAAAUCCCGCUGAAUUGCGUAUCCUCGCCAGGGCAGUACGUCCACGACCGCGUCCACGCGUCACUGAUAUUGCCACUCGCCUCGGUGACCAUCCAUCACCAAAACAACCCGGUGAAUGGGCUUGGCUCGAACUCACUGCACCCGGACAACGCAAACAACCUGAUCGUGUCUUCUUCCCACGACCUCCGAAAGCACCAGAUGGCAGUCUACUUUAUGAGAGAGUACCAAAUAAACCGGAAGUUGACAGGUUGCCGGUGACUCCACCUCAACCACAACCGGCGAUGCAAGCACAGCAAACCAUAUUGAAACGCACAAGGCCACCUUUCGAUGAGAUCAAUGGUUCGGAUGGUGUCGCUAUAAGCGCGGGAAUACCCAGUGCGCCACCUGUAAAGCGAGCACACCUUUCGCAGCAAAUUCAUCCUAAACAACACGGUUUGGAACAUUCCACGCCGCCAGUAGUACCGCUAGCUCCUCCGCUCAACGGGCGAGCAGCCCAUCCACACUUUUUACCACAUGGACAACCUCUUUCCAGGAGCAAUGCUCGUAAACAAGUCAUCUCCUGGAUGGAUGCCCCUGACGACGUUUACUUCCGCGCCUCAGAUCAGACUAAAAGAAUCAGAAGAACCUUGACGUCAGUGGAAUUGCGAAGAGCGGCUCGUAAACCUUGGCGCAGAUUGCCAACGCCUCUUCACGCUCCUGCACCGGCACCGCCACACCCGCAGCGAUCGGCUGCAGCAGCGGUAGCAGCAGCAGCAGCGGCUGCUUCGCGUGGUGACGAGAUGGUCGUUAUACUCGACUGAGCGAGAACGGCGAAAAAUCGUCGAGCGUGUUACCACGAAUCAGUCAAUUGUGAGAAAAUUAUUAUCUUAAAUUGACAACUGAUAGGCAGUGUGCGUGUGUGCGUUCCAACGUUGCGUGAGAGUUCGUCGUUGCUACAUUAAAAAGUUUGCGAGACGCCGAAAAUAACGAGAAAACGUGAAGAGAAUUUGAAAAGCAAAACAAAUCAUUCAAACUUGAUUGAGCUAAUAUUCGAAGGGAAAAUAAUUCAUGAAAAAGAAGAACGAAAUCCUAAACGCUUUGCCCUGAAACUGAUCUGAUACUGAUUUCGUAACGGAGAAAUCUUCGACCGGAAGAAACAAGACAUAAUUAUGGCAAAACGGAUAUGAUGGGAAAAAAAUGUGAAAAUUCGAAGAUCUCACAGGGUUGAGACUGUGGUGGGCAUGAACGUCCACAUAUAACAGACACACACAAAUAUAAAACAAAAAUAAAAAAAAAAAAUAAUUAAAAAAAAGAGAACAAACAAAAAAUGCGCCGUAUGCCACGGUCAAGGGACGAUUUCUAUGAAUUUAAUGUUGAUCGAACUUAACGAAUCAAGUCAUUCACCGUGAAUCAUGAUUUUCUAUCCGUAUUAAUUAAUUAUUGUUGUUAUUAAUAAUAAUUAUUAUUAUUAAUUGAAUGUACAUAAACAUACGUAACACACAUUCAUGUAUGCAUACCCCUCAAAGCCCCCUACCAUUUCCUCAACUCCAAAUUCCUACCUUCGUUCCCCUUCAUUUCCCCCGAGAAACAAACAUGGUGUUCACAUGUACGUGAAUGCUACUCGAGGUCGGUAGAUAAUUUGAUACAUGCGAGGCUAGCAACGGCUAAUGUACGAUUGUGCUUGUCGCGUGUAGCGGAAAACGAAUGUGAGAGUGCGAUUAAAAAGAAUAAAAAAAAAAAAAAAAACAAACAAACAAAUAAAAGAAAACAAAUAUUAAACAAUAUGAAAACGAAAAAAAAUGAAAAAACAGUCGAAACCGACAAACGAAGAUGAAGAACGGAAAAAAACGCGAGAGUAAGAAAACGAGCGCGAGAGAGUAAGAAUGCUCAUUGUGAAUAUUUUUAUUAAAUUUUCAAGUUUGAUGACUUCCGUCGAAACAAUUAAUAAAUAAACAUAAGCAUCGCUCGGAAAGCAUUAA